GAGUACUCAGCUAGUUGUUGCAGUGACAACAUCCUGCACAGAAUAGGCUGGCCGGCGGUGCCCAUGGCUACUGGAAAAGGGAGGUUUAAGCGGGUCUAGAUUCAACAGGAGGAGUUGGAGACGCGCAGAUGCGCUGAGAAUCCUUCUCUUUCUCAGCAGAUGAUCGGCUGUUUUUGGUCAGGGGCUGGGAUUUAACCCGCGGCAGGGAUGAUGAUGAGGAGGAGGAGGUGAUGCAGCUGCGGCGGCGGAUAGACAGAUGAUCGGUCUGCUCCUGCGAACCGUUAACCCAGCGCUAGCUAGCUCAGAUGCCUAUACAGAGAAAGGCGCAGCAUUCAGAUCAGGUCGGGGGGGAUUCGAUAUUAAUGAGGGACGGGAUUUUCCAGUAUGUUAGCUAUUUAGCUAAAUAACCGAGCUGGGGACGCUUUUGAUUUGUUAGCUAACGGCCAGCAGCUGCAGUGCGAAUGUUUUUACUGUAAAAGCGAACUAACGUUAACCUACGUGGCUGUUCUGUACAGGGGUAGGUUAGGUUAGUAGCUAGAUUAUCGUGCUGUUUUGAGAAGCAGAAGGUGGCGCGGCGGGCCUGUUUCAUAUUGAGCCAUUAGAACCAGUAGUUGGCUUAGUUUAAUAUCUGUAAUAUUCAGUUUGUGUGUACAUUAUAACGUGACUGAGCCAAUUAGCACAUAUUUAGCUAGGUUAACUAGCGUUGGUUUAUCUGAGGAAAGCUGCUUUUGACUGUGUCAUGUUAGUUAACGUUACUCUUCAACGACCACAGGUCCAUUUUCAUUAGUAAAUAAAUGGUAUUGAGUAAUAUAUAUAUUUUUAUAUUAGCUGCUAAAAAUAGUAGCUAAGUAGCUACAUAACAGCUGAUAAAUUCAGUGGAACAUAUCCAGCUCAUGGUAAAGCGCCUGCCGUUAUUUUUUUGGGAAAAGGUGGGUUAGCUAGGUUAGCUAGCUAGUGUUAGCUAGCAGCCCAGCUAAUGCUUCGCCUUCUCCAGCACAGCGAGGUUACUACAGCCGAGGAAACGUUCAGAGCGCGACCGAGGACCGAGCACCAUGGACGGGAAGGAUUUCGGAUUCGCACGAGCGAAAUGAUGCAGAUUUUCUGAUGGACAACACAUUCUUCCUGUCCUGGAGCUAAACAACAGCUUGGCAGUUGGACGAGCAUUUGCUGCGAUGAGAUAAGAGUGGCCUACAAGAGACAACUUUGACGUUUGUCCCUCCAUAUUCCACUCUAAUAUCAAAAUAUGACAACGCCGGCUCUUCUGCCACUCUCGGGACGUAGGAUACCCACUCUGUCUCCAGGUGCCUCAUCGUUCCCCCACCACAGAGCGACUCUGCGGCUCUCUGAGAAGUUUAUUCUCCUCCUCAUCCUCAGUGCCUUCAUCACUCUUUGCUUUGGAGCGUUUUUCUUUCUGCCGGACAAUUCCAAACACAAGCGCUUUGACUUGGGAUUGGAGGACGUUUUGAUACCGCACAUUGAGCCGGGGAAGGAAGGAAGACAUAGCAGUGGGCAGGUCAUACACGGGCAAGGAGGACAUGAUGAGCAUCGACACAGGGAAGAGGAGGAGAGCCUACGGGAUAAGAUCCGGGCAGAUCACGAGCGGGCGCUGCAGGAGGCGAAGGAGAAGCUCCGCAAGUCCAAAGAAGAGCUGAGGGCGGAGAUCCAGACAGAAAAGACCAAGGUGGUGGAGGACCUGAAAAAGAAAGAAGGGCCCAAGCCUCUGCCUCCAGUGCCCAUGCCCAAAGUAGUGGGGAUCAAUGAUGGAGACCCUGGAGACCCUGAUGUCAAAGAGAAACGGGACAAGAUCAGAGAGAUGAUGAAGCAUGCGUGGGACAGCUACAGGCAGUACGGCUGGGGACACAACGAGCUCAAGCCCAUCGCCAAGAAAGGACAUUCCACGAAUAUCUUUGGUAAUUCCCAAAUGGGGGCUACGAUAGUAGAUGCCCUAGACUCUCUCUACAUAAUGGGACUUCAUGAUGAAUUUAAAGACGGUCAGGAGUGGAUCGAACAGAACCUGGACUUCAGUGUGAAUGCAGAAGUGUCCGUCUUUGAGGUCAAUAUCCGCUUCAUAGGAGGACUGCUGGCUGCAUACUACCUCUCCGGACAAGAAGUCUUUAAGGUGAAGGCUGUUCAACUAGCUGAGAAGCUGCUUCCUGCCUUCAACACCCCCACAGGCAUCCCCUGGGCGAUGGUCAACCUCAAGAGCGGCGUGGGCCGGAACUGGGGCUGGGCGUCGGCUGGAAGCAGCAUCCUGGCUGAAUUCGGAACCCUGCACAUGGAGUUUGUGCACCUGACAUAUCUGACUGGGAACCCUGCAUAUUAUCAGAAGGUGAUGCACAUUCGUAAGCUGCUGGCCAAGAUGGACAGACCCAAUGGCCUCUACCCAAAUUACUUGAACCCUCGCACGGGCCGCUGGGGCCAGCAUCACACAUCAGUGGGCGGCCUUGGGGACAGUUUCUAUGAAUACCUGUUGAAGGCCUGGCUCAUGUCUGAUAAAACCGAUGCAGAGGCUCGCAAGACCUACGAUGACGCCAUUGAGGCUAUCGAGCGUCACCUCAUCCGCAAGUCAAACGGAGGCCUCACCUUCAUAGGGGAGUGGAAGAACGGGCAUCUGGAGCGGAAGAUGGGUCACCUGACCUGUUUCGCCGGCGGCAUGUUCGCUCUGGGGGCUGACGGGUCGCCGGAGGAUAAAGCCGGACACUAUCUACAGCUGGGGGCAGAGAUUGCUCACACCUGCCAUGAGAGCUACGAUCGUACAGUUCUAAAGCUGGGUCCAGAGGCCUUCAAGUUUGACAGUGGAUUGGAGGCGGUCGCUGUGCGGCAGAAUGAAAAGUAUUACAUCCUGAGACCAGAAGUCAUCGAGACCUACUGGUACAUGUGGCGUUUCACCCACGACCCCAAGUACAGACAGUGGGGCUGGGAGGCGGCUCAGGCUAUAGAUAAGUAUUGCAGAGUCAGCGGGGGUUUCUCUGGGGUUAAAGAUGUCUACUCCUCCAACCCCACCUAUGACGACGUCCAGCAGAGCUUCUUCCUCGCUGAGACUCUCAAGUACCUGUAUCUGCUGUUCUCCAGUGACGAGCUGCUGCCUCUGGAAAGCUGGGUCUUCAACACGGAAGCCCACCCCCUCCCUGUCCUGCAUCUGGGCAACGUCACACUGCCUGGCAGCCAAGACCAUCGAUAGAGGAGCCCCUCGUCGGGUGGCGCUCUCCCCCACUCUGCCCCAUCACUUUCUCUCUCUGUAGCCUUCUCUGCCUCUGAAAGACUGCAGGAGCCUGCUGCACUGAGGAGGCUGCGGACUUAACUCACUUGACCACUGUCUCCUCCUGCAUUCUGGGUUGUGACUGCCGGGCGGAGGGGACCAGGACAAAUUCUCUCACUCCAUCAAAUACUCAUCUAUCUAUCUCUCUCUCUCUCUUUCUCCGUCUUUCUCUCGUACGUUUUCACCUUCUCUGUUAAGCCGCCUAUCAGGAACGGACUGGACAGCUCUUGUGCAGCUCUCCUUUGACAUAUGGGUUUUUGACAAUCGGGACACAUUCGAGCCCAACAAAUACUGUGUGGCACCAGUGACCCAAUUGAUGGACAAACAGGGGAAAGAUGUUGAUGGAUUUUCUCUGUGACGAACAAGAAGAGCCGGGAUUUUGCAGGGCUUGGUCUUAUCUGUUUCUCGCUCAUUUUUACUCGGACGCUCUCGUGGCAUUCACUCAUUGCUUAAUCACCGCAGCAGAACAAAAGGCAAACGGCUCUCCAGCCAGUCGGACUUCCCAUUGACUCUCUUACACUUUAAACUCUGACCUGGACCUGGAGCUGUGGAAGGCCACAGCUGGUGGAUUGGAUAUGACCUGUGAAAUCUCUUCCACACUCUUAUUCUUUCUCUUUCUAUCUUCUCUUUCUUCCUUUCCUACUUUUUUUCUUUCUCUCUCUCUCUCUCUGUCUUAGGGAGAAUAUAGGCCAGAGGCACCCUGGGAUGUUUGUGGCUUCUCUCAUACUGUGUGUGCGCGUGUCUGUGUGUGUGAGCCUGAGAGAACGUAUGCUGCCUUUGCCCUCCCCAAUCUUGCGUUAGUCUGCUCUCAGCCUUCAGUACAGUACACUGUGGUGCACUUCAGUUGAAUUCCUGUGCCCUCAGUGUCACUAUCAUGAUUAGUUGGUUGGUUAGGUAACUGUCUGGUUUUAAAGUCUGCAUUCAUUUACUGCUGUUUAUCAGAAGCUGCCUGCAAAAAAGCUGUCAUUAUUUCAUUUCAAUCUUCAUUCCGAUCUUUCCCUUCUCCACUCCUCAUCUUUUUUUUUUUGUUUGUUUGGGUUGUGUUUGUUUUUGUUUGUUUUAUUUUUCAUCUCUCUAUAACUGUAUCCAAUAAAUCAGCCGAACAUCUUGUCUGAUUCCAGACGGUCACUCGGCUCCAGUCAAAUACACAGGGUUGUGUGCUCUGGCUCCUGUCCACGCUGCUCUGUAGUCAAAGAUAGACGCUGUGACUGGAUUGGUAUUUGGUUUUCCUCCCAAGUAUUCAUAAUGCAGUCUGCUGGUUUGAGUGAUGAAGAAAGCCCUCAGCUCUUUCCCUGAUAAUGUUUUCUUAAAUCCCUGAAAACUCUAUGCUUUUAAAGGUAUCAUUAUAUAUUUUUAGAAUUGGUAAAACACUGUAAAGUCAUAUUUAAGCUGCAUUUUUGCAAGAUACAAUGGAUAUAUUGAGAAAUUCAUUUACACAAUCUAAUAAUAAUAAUGCACUCAUUCAUAGUAAAGCAGCAUUAACAUUGCAUGCUGAUUUUAUGUCGUUCAUUGAUGGACUGAGGCACAAGUACAGGUAGCAGGCUUCUGUUCAUUUAUUUAUUCAUUCCGCUCAGUAGAUCAGGAUCUUUACUGAGGGUGUGAAUAGACAUACAGUACAUCACUCAGGCUCUAGUCAUCAUCUAUCCUCAUUUAGAUGAACUGUGUUAUAAUUUUUUGUCCCAAAACAUGCUCCACUGCUCCACUAGGCAUGUGUCAGCAGCACUGGUUGUUUUUUUAUUGAGCAGCAUUGAAGGGUUUCAGAAAAAUCUGUAGUCAGAAGAGACUGAAUCAAAUGCCCAGUUUUACCAGUAUGAAUAAUUUGGCAAAUAGCAAAAAAAUAUUGUCAUUGUUUGGCCAAACAACUGAAAAGACUGAAUCAUUUAUACUAGGGCUUAUAUUAAGAUAAAUCAUACUUUUUAAAAUGUUCUCAUGAUGAGAUCUUUCACAAUAAACACACUGAAAGAACUGUAAUAACAACUCAAAUUGCAUUAGCUGUUUGCAGGAAAAGAGGGAGCUCUUCACACUGCAGAUUGUGAUCAUGUGAUGUAACUAGGCUGGAGGCAGAGCAAGGCAGAGUGAGGUACAAUGAGGUUGAGGUUUGCAGUAAACACACACACACACAC